UCUAUGGUAUCGUGGGACGACUGCAUUAGCUCUCAGUAGUACAGCUCAGCCGUGUUUCAAUCGGUAAUAUAACGAAAAUUAAAAUUAAAAUAAAGAAUAAUUGACAAAAACAAUCGCCGGUCGGUUAAUACAAAAUCAUGUCGAAGUUCAUGAAGAUGUUAAUCAUGGGGCGACUGAUCGUGGUCAUUCUUUACUAUCGAUUUUUGAGUUUGCUUUCAAGACUUGUGCCGAGAAGAAAAGUGAUUAUUAAUAUCAAACAAGGAGCUCUACUAGGUCAAUAUUACAAGACCUGCCUGUCGAACAAACCAUUUGUCAGUUUUUUAGGGAUACCCUAUGCUAAGCCGCCCAUCGAUGAAUUAAGAUUUAAGCCACCAGUCAAACACCCUGGAUGGACCGGAGUUUACAAAGCUUUUUCAGAAAAAAGAGAAUGUGUACAAUACGAUGAAAUGAUAGAGAAAAGAAUUGUCGGAAGCGAAGAUUGUUUAUACUUGAACAUAUAUGUGCCGCAAGAGUUAAAUAAAAUGAAACCUGUAAUGGUGUUUGUGCAUGGAGGCGCAUUUAACUACGGUUCAGGAUCGCCAGACUUAUAUUCCCCAGACUUUUUAAUCGAAGAAAACGUAAUCUUGGUCACGUUUAAUUAUCGCCUUAAUGUUUUAGGAUUUCUAAAUUUGGAUAUCGAUGAUUGUCCCGGAAACAUAGGGUUAAAAGAUCAAUUGUUUGCAUUUAAGUGGGUAAAAGAAAACAUAUCAGCAUUUGGAGGCGAUGCCAAUAACAUAACAGUUUUUGGCGAGAGCGCUGGAUCAGCGUCGAUCCAUUACCAUAUACUCUCUGCAUCAUCAAAAGGUGUGUUCCAAAGGGCUAUUAUGCAAAGUGGUUGUGUUCUUAAUCCUUGGGCAUUUACUUCGAAACACAAAAACGCUGCGCUCAAAAUAGCGGCGGAUUUGGGUUGUCCGUCAGACGACCCUCACAAAAUAGUACAAUAUUUAAGAAAAGUUCCUGUAAACGACUUGGUAAAGGCUUCUAUGUUCAAAUCUACAUUUCAAGACCAAAGACAAAUUUUGAUUUACCAAUUUGUUCCAUCCAUUGAAAGCGAUCAAGUUAGUGAGAGAUUCAUACCAGCUCAUCCAGAGGAGCUGUUGAAAACAGCCUCUUCAAUUCCUUUAAUAUGUGGACUUAACGACAGAGAAGGAAUGUUUAUGUUUAAAGAUUAUAAAUCGAGACAAAUAAUGAAUUUUAAUAAAGUCGAAGAAAUAAGUAAAUUACUCGAUGACGAUGACAAAUAUGAUGAAGUCAUAAAUAAGAUCCAAUCGUUUUACUUUAAUGGUCACGAUUUCCAAACUAAGAUUGAGGAAUUAGAAAGUAUUUGCGCGCUAUUCACUGAUGUAUUUUUCGCCAAAGAUUUCUACAAAGGAUUCAACGACUUAAUCGUAGAAGGCAUUACACCCGUUUACAACUAUGAAUUUAAAUUUGACGGAGAACUUAAUGUUAAAACAUUUUUUUUUUGUACAAGACCGAAAUUUCUCACCUUAAAAGGAGCGUGUCACGGUGAUGAAAUGUGGUAUUUAUUCUUUGGUAAAAUUAUUGCACUUAUGCCUAAACCAAAUUCUAAAGAACUAAGUGUGUGCAGAACAAUGUGUAAAUUAUGGACUAACUUUGCAAAAACAGGAAACCCGAAUUCAUCAGAUCUUAAUGUCAAAUGGGACUUUACAAGUUUGGAAAAACCUAAGUAUCUUUCAAUUGACGGCGACGAUACUCAUAUGGUCGAGGGCCAAGUGAACGAAGCCAGAGUAAAAUUUUGGAAACACUUAGACGAAUUAGUAAAAUUAAAUCAAAAGCUGUGAUGUUCUGCGAUAAAUGUAUAUUAUUAGUAUUAAUUAUUUAUUACUUUUAGGUGAUUAUGGGUAUAAUUAUGAAUUUAUUUGUAUAACUACUAUUCUUAUAAUAUCCUUAAUAUAUAUAUAUGUGUGUGUGUGUUAGGUUAAAUAUUUAAUAUAUUUUGUUCUAAUUUAUCGUCACUUUCUACAAUUUUUAUUUAUAAGUAAUGAAAUGAUUGUCUAUAUUACAAUUUACGAACUGGUAAAUAAUAUUAUUGACAUCUUUAAUAUACACUCUUCUAAAAACACGAGGCUUACGAUUGAUUUUAGUUUGUCUGAGCUGGGUACUUCUAGUUUGCAUAGUCAUGGCCAGUAGUUCUAUUGUGUAACUCGAUACUGUGUUAUCGAAUUAAUUCGAUAAGUGCUUAUUAUUGAAAGUUCAAGUAUCCUACUACUAGUUUGUAUAGUCUUGGCCAGUGAAUGUAUACUGUUGGUAAGGUUGGUUAUAUCCGGACGAAUACUGUUGUUAACUGAAUCUUUUUCGAUUCUAGAUUUUUCUUUUUCUACCACGGCUAUUGUUUUUUUACUUAUCCAUGGCCAACAACUCUGAAUAACACUUGAACUCGUGCAGGGCUUUGCGAAACGAUACUCGUAUAAUCAAAAACAAGAAACCCGAAUUCGUCAGAUCUUAAAGUCAAAUGGGGCUGUACAAAUUUGAAAAAAAACUAAGUAUUUAUCAAUCUAUGGUGACGGUACUGAUAUGGACAAAAGCUAAGUGAACGAAGCCAGAGUAAAAUUUUGGAAACACUUAGCCGAAUUAGUAAAAUUAAAUCAAAUGCUAUAAUGUUGUGUUAUAACAUAUAUUAUUAGUAUUCAUUAUAUAUUACUUUUAGGUGAUCAU